AUGAAACGCGGAAUUCAAGGAGAAUCAGCGGAAUUGUUCGAAAAAUCGAUAACAACAUCAACUCGGAAACAAUACGAAAGUGGCCUAAGAGCGUGGUGGAAUUUUUCUUAUGAAAAUAACUUAGAUGUAUACGAUACAAAAACUCCACAAAUAAUAGAUUUUCUACACAAAAUGUUCAAAAAGGGAGCGAGUUACAGUUCACUAAACACUACACGGUCAGCCAUUUCAUUAAUUUCAAUCAACAACAUCAAUAAUGAUGGAAUGAUCUCAGGUUUCUUUAAAAGUGUUUUCAAAGAAAGGCCUACGAAGCCCAAAUACACAACAACUUGGGAUGUCAGUCCGGUAUUAGAUUUUCUUGAAAAACUUGCUCCCUUUAAACAACUGAAACUCAAAGAAGCGGGUGAAAAACUCUCGACUCUUUUAGCCCUUACAUCAGCACAAAGAUUACAGACGCUAGCUCUUAUCAAUAUCGAUAAUAUUGUAAUUGAUUCGACGGGACUAAGUAUCAAAAUAACCGAGCGGAUAAAAACGUCAAAAGCCGAUGCUUAUCAACCGGAACUAAUUUUACCUUUCUUUCAAGAAAAAUCAAACUUAUGUGUGGCGUCGUUGAUUCUAGAAUAUCUAGAUAUUACCAAAGAAUUAAGAGAUAAAAAUGCAAAGUACUUGCUCAUCACGUCAACGAAACCACACACAUCGGCUAAAGCAGAAACAAUUGGACACUGGAUCAAAAAUACUCUAAAUAAAGCCGGUAUUGAUACAAAUAAAUUCACAGCAUACAGCACCAGACUUGCUGCCGUAUCUGAUGCCCAUAAGAAAGGGGUUGACGUUAACAUGAUUAUGAAAACUGCCGGAUGGUCUCAGGGGUCGCAAACCAUUUUCAAAUUCUAUAACCGACCCAUAGAAGCACAGAGCGGCACAUUCGCUCGUACAAUUUUCGGUUAA